GUCAUAGAGAACGUCAUCAGAAGGCGACAAAUGUUUUCAUCUCAUGCUGCACUAGCAAGUUACUUAAGUCUUCUUUAGACACACAGUCGGAACCGCCUGGCUGUGUUCAUUCCACGCCCAGAUGACGGCCUCCACUCGCAAGACAGUGUUGUCAUUGUAUAUGCGCGUGUUUCGCAUCGCCCGAACUUGGCAAGCACAGAGUGGAGUUACAAGUGACACAGAAACUGAGAGAAAGUACAUACUUCAGGAGGCCCGCUCUCUGUUUAGACAGAACCAGCAGCUGUCAGAUGAGGGAUCGAUAAAGAGUUGCAUAGAAGAAUGUGAAGCAAGAAUAGAAAUAGGUCUACAUUACAGGAACCCAUAUCCGAGGGCUACCUACCUGCCUCCAAUGGGACUGGCAACACAGAAAGGCAGAAAGCUGCGAGCACAGCAGCGGCUGAGAAAGCAGGCCAAGCCAGUUUACUUACAGUCACAUGAUGAGACCUGAUGCUCGAUAUCCUCAGCCAUCGCCAAGAGUUCAAGUUACCAAGGACAGGAAACUAGAGUGCAGUCACAAGCUUGUCUCAUGGGCUGACUGAUUUGAAGCACUAAUUAAUGCAAGAACGCCCGUUGUUGAGGAAAAAUCCAUUUUUUCACUGUUAUUUUUAAACAUAAUUUGUGAGCAUGAUUUGUAAUUGAAUCUGUCGGCCUCUGUUUCAGCUCAGGAAUGCUGUCAGCCUGCUGUUCUGUAUUAUAUGACCAAGUUGUAUUAUUUGUUGAAGUUAUUUAUCACUUUUUGUGAAGUCUGGAGAUGUAAUAAACUGUCUUUUGUAUUUGGAAUAUAAUCGUAAACACAGAAGUUUGUGUUACAGUUGUGUGCAUAUUGUUGUCUUUAACAAAUUAUUAAUAAUUAAACUGCUCAGAAACAAAGACA